AUGGAGAUAUUAGGGAAUUCUACAUUGGAUAAAACAAGAGGAAUCGGAUUGGGUAUCGCAUUUAUUGAAUGCAUUUUCGUUUUACGUACACCACCAAAUGAUGGAUUAGUCGAAUUUGAUAAUUUUCAUUUUCACAUUACGACAAAUAAAAAAUCUUAUGCAUGUGCAAAUUACUUCAUAAUACAUCUCCAACAGAAACGAUUAACGUGGGAUGCUACCGUAUUAAAGGAGUCUGAAGAAUUUAUUAAAAGGGUUUACAAGCGAUUAUUGAAGGAACCGGAUAAUUUGACAAAAGCUUUAUUACACUUGGUUACUCAACGAAGAGGAGAAAUCAAUAACACCCCUUUGGAUGUGUCACUUAUUCCUGACACGCUUACUAUGUUCUUGACGGUAAACACCGACAGAGAUCUUACUGAGCAAAUUUCCAAUGUAAAUAAUACGGAACCGAUGUCUGAUGAAGCCAUCGUUGGUAACCUUAUGGAAGCAGCUGCUGGAGGUAUAGAUGAAAACUUUGUGAUAUCAGUUAUUGUAUGA